AUGCGCUGCCCACUCCUCCUAGUCCCUGCGCUCAGCGCUUCUACCUGGGCAGCUCCCGCUUUCCCCAAAUUCACCGCCGCUCUUGCUCCCAAUAUCCAGGCCAUCUCAGAUUACUUCAACAUCCUGGCGACCAAGGUCCAAGAAAACCGGGCAGCAGGGUCGGCACCUAUCUGCGACCUUUCAAAGCUUUCUCUUCCAAUCGAGGCUGAACCCCUUGGUCAACCAACACCUGGUCUCUACCUCAAGCAUGUCGCGAUUGGCCGCGGAACACAAAACUACACAUGCGAUCUCAGCAACUCCACUGCCGUGCCACAAGCAUUCGGCGCCCUUGCCACCCUUUACAACGCCUCAUGUGUCACAUCAGCCUUUCCUGACGUGAGCGCCAUGCUUACCCGCGCGUCACUGCACUUUGAUGUUGCCGACAAUGACGCUCUUCAAAGACUCGCCCCCGCGGAUCUCCCCGUAAGCGGCAUCCACUACUUUACCGACGGCACCACCCCUUUCUUCGGCCUAGAUACCCCCCAAUGGCACCUGGGCGAGGGCACCUUCGGCAAGAACGCCAGCACUGCGGCGCCGCUGACUGCCGCCAAGGGCAAGAAGGGAGAGGCUGCUGUUCCAUGGCUCAGACUGGCAGCCAAGGGUACCAACACUGGUGGUCUUCAAGAGGUCUAUCGUCUUGAGACUGUCGGUGGCAGCGCUCCUGCAACUUGCAAGGGGAUGCCAGCGUCGUUUGAGAUUCAAUAUUCCACACAAUACUGGUUCUACGCCUCUUCAUAA